AUUUGAGGGAAACCGAACUGUGAGAAAAAAAAUAAAAACAGAGAAGACAGAUAGAGGAAAAUGAGAGAAAGUGAAAGAAAGUGAGAGAAAAUCUUUUAAACCCUCCCAAUUUCUCUCUAUCUGUUUCUCUUGAUCGAUAGAUUCAAUGCCAAUUCUAAUAAAAAUAGAAAAAAACAGGAACAAAAAGAAGGAAACAACAAUAAGAACAUAGUUUUUUUUGGUUCUCUGUUUUCUUUUUAUUAUUAUGCUCUGUUUUAUGACAGAGCUUUUUCAUCAUACAAGAGGUUCAAAUUAUCUUUUUGGGGGUUUUUCGAGAUUUGGGUUUUGAUGUUAAAUUUAGAGAGAAUUGAAUUUUGAAUUGAGCUUGUAAAAUCUGUAGUAUUUUUGUUGGUAUUCGAAAGCUGUUUUUGGUUGAAAUGGCAACAGGGUCGAAUUUACAAGGCUCUCUAAAAUCGGUUUUCGAAGACGUUCUUCAAGAGAAAAGAGGUCGAACAAGCGACGUUAAUUUGGAUUCGAGAAAAUUUGACGAAGCUUCUUUAAGAAGAAAUGAAGCUGCUGGGUGGCUGAGAAAAAUACUUGGUGUUGUUGGGGGCAAAGAUUUACCAGCUGAGCCUUCGGAGGAAGAAUUUAGGUACGCAUUGCGAAGUGGGAUAAUCCUUUGCAAUGCUCUUAACAAGAUCAAACCGGGAUCAGUGCCAAAGGUAGUGGAAGGACCUUGCGAUUCUGUUCCUGAUGGAGCUGCUUUAUCAGCCUUUCUAUACUUUGAAAAUGUGAGAAACUUCCUUGUAGCUAUUGAGGAAAUAGGGAUUCCCACUUUUGAGGCCUCUGAUUUAGAACAGGGUGGGAAGUCUUCAAGGCUUGUGAACUGUGUUCUAGCAUUGAAGUCUUACAGUGAAUGGAAACAAAAUGGAGGAAUUGGUUCAUGGAAAUACUAUGCAAAUGCCAAACCCUCAUGUUUUGGGGCACGAAAAACCAGUGAACCAGUUAUGAAUUCCGUUCCAACGACCCUUCCUUGUGACUUGUCUAGUGAGCAAUCAGAGUCCAUUGAAGAAGGCUCUGCAAGUUCUUUUGGUGUGCUAGUUCGUGCAGCUCUUUCGGAUAAGAGGCAAGAAGAAAUUCCAAUGAUUGUGGAAACUAUGAUCAGUAAAGUCUCGGAGGAGUUCGACCGUCGCUUGGCAACCUACAGUGAACUUAUUAAAAUUAGUGCAAAAGCAAAGGAAGAAUCUGUAACUGAUAACUCUAUUUCACGAACAGUUUCAUUUGAUGAAAAGGUAGUUGAAGUAAAGGCAUCUGUUGAAGAAACGGUGAAGGCCGGAGUAGUUGAAGUAAAGGCAUCAGCUGAAGAAAUGGUUAAAGAUGACGAAUCAUCAUCCAUAGGGUCGGAGAGAAAGGAAACUUGCGAAGAUGAAUCAUCAUCAAUAGGACCGGAGAGAAAGGAAACAUGCGAUGACAAGUCCGAUACGAAUGAAGAAUUGGUACAAUAUGUUUUGAAACAGCAGGAAUUGGUUGAGCAACAACGACGAUUUAUUGAGGAACUAAAGCAUUGUCUUUACUCAACAAAAGCUGGAGUGCAAGCUCUGCAGGUGACAUACCAGGAAGAGGCCUUUAAUCUUGGUAAACACUUGGUUAGUCUUGCUAAUGCGGCUUCGGGAUAUCAGAGAGUACUCGAAGAAAACCGGAAGUUAUACAACCAAGUGCAGGACCUGAAAGGGAAUAUAAGAGUGUACUGCCGAAUAAGGCCGAUGGUUCCCGGACAAUCGAACACUUUGAGUUCCAUAGAUCACAUUGAUGAAAGAACUGUAACAAUUCUUACACAUUCGAAAAAUGGAAAAGAGGCAAGGAAAUCAUUUACCUUUAACAAAAUAUUCGGCCCAUCUGUAACACAAGCCGAGGUUUUCUCGGAUACCCAGCCUUUGAUUCGGUCUGUUCUCGAUGGCUACAAUGUGUGUAUAUUUGCUUAUGGACAAACAGGAUCAGGGAAGACACACACCAUGACAGGGCCUAAGGAGCUCACCGAAGAAGGCUUAGGCGUAAACUACAGGGCAUUGAGUGAUCUAUUUCAUCUUUCAAACCAGAGGAAAGACACCAUUUCUUAUGAGAUUUCAGUGCAAAUGCUUGAAAUUUAUAAUGAGCAAGUCAAGGAUCUCCUUUCAACUGAUAGUGGAAAUAAGAGAUUAGAAAUCCGAAACAGCUCACAAAAUGGGAUUAAUGUACCCGAUGCAAACCUUGUUCACGUAUCAUCACCGUCCGACGUCAUAAAUUUGAUGGACCUUGGGCAUAAAAACCGUUCAGUUUGCUCCACAGCAUUAAAUGACCGGAGUAGUCGAUCUCACAGCUGCUUGACGGUUCAUGUUCAGGGGAAGAACCUCACUUCGGGAAACAUUCUUCGUGGCUCGAUGCAUCUGGUCGACCUUGCAGGAAGCGAAAGGGUGGACAAAUCCGAGGUGACAGGGGAUAGUUUAAAAGAAGCACAACACAUUAACAAGUCUCUUUCGGCUUUAGGAGAUGUGAUCUCUUCUCUUGCAUCAAGAAGUUCACAUGUUCCUUACAGGAACAGUAAACUUACUCAAUUGCUCCAAGAUUCACUUGGAGGACAAGCCAAGACACUGAUGUUUGUUCACAUUGCUCCCGAGUACGAAGCUCUUGGAGAAACUCUUAGUACACUUAAAUUUGCGGAAAGGGUUGCCACAGUCGAGCUUGGUGCCGCUAAGGUGAACAAAGACGGUGGAGAAGUGAAAGAGCUUAAAGAACAGAUAGCUUAUCUCAAAGUAGCCUUAGCUAGAAAGGAAGGAGAUCACGAGAACCUGCAACAUACUCAAUCCCUUAGUCCGGAACAAAAUAGACCAAACAUUGGAUUAUCCACUUCUCAUCCUAAAUGGAAGAGUUCAAGUGAUCUAUCUUGCAUGUCUGCAACCACUGAGUAUGAGUCUUCAUCAGCAUCUAGAAGAGACAGUUUGGAUACUCGAGAGAUGUUACCGAAUCCAUCUAGAAGAGACAGUUUGGAGACUCGAGAGAUGUUACCGAAUCCACCUAGAAGAGACAGUUUGGAGACUCGAGAGAUGUUAGCAAAUCCACCUAGAAGAGACAGUUUGGAGACUCGAGAGAUGUUAGCGAAUCCAUCGCAUUGGACACCUCUUGGAAGUCCGAAUGAUUCGAGUGUUUCAAGAGAUGACGAUAUAGAUUCGGAAGCGUCUGGUGAUUGGGUAGAUAAAAUCAUGGUGAACAAGCUUGACAACCUAAAGAAGGACAAAAAUCCAUCCGCAAAGCCAAGUAAAGGAGUAAGCAAUGGCAAAAAACUGACUGAGAAGCCCCAUCAGAGUCAACUCCCUGAGCCUACAAUGAUACACCCUGAACGGACUCGGUCUGAAGUAAACUGCAAUGAUGAAUCCGAUCGCGAAACAGUAACCAGUGACUGUUUGGAAACGGACUCAUUUUCAUCCGGUAUUCCUAAAAUCAGUGGUAUUCCAACCAUGUUGGCAUCUAAACCAAAGAAACAGCAACCCAAGCCAGCUAAGACAACAGAAAUCAGGACCUCAAUUCCAUCACUAAUACCUGCGCCAUCAACUCGGAAAUCUUCCACUGGAGUUAAUCCGAGUCCGCAAAAGGGAAAGAGAAAAACUGGAAUUAACAAGUGAUUUAAACUGAAUAAGGAUUGUUUCUUCUUCUUCUUCUGUGUGCUAUAUCACUUUUCUUAUGUGUCUAUCGGUUAGCUGCAUUGACAAGGAGAGGUUCACAUCUAUGAAAUUAAUGGCAAAAAUUCCCAAUGUUUAGUAGUGGUAAAGUCAUUCAUAUAAACCCCAAAAUGAUGAUCCAUUUUCUUGAUUUGUAUUCGGCUCAAAGGAGUGUGGAUUUUGGGAAUUCUUUGCCUUUUAUUUUCUCCACCCCACAUUCAAACUGUACUUUAUUGUAGAAUUGUGGAGGAAUUGUAUUAUACUCAAGUACCUCUUUUUCUUCUGGCAUUGAUCAAAUCAUUGAAGAUUGAAGAAGUUAUGCUUG